AUGCUCGGAGUUGUCAUCGGCAGUGGGCGGUGCAAAAUGACGCUUUCUCCCGAAAGCAAAAGAUCCUUUUCGGAAGAACAAGAUCCUGUCGUUACCAUAUCCAAGAAACCAGUACAAGCACAGGUCGUCGAUGAGGCGGCCGCGCUGGCGGCGACUGGAGAUCACCGUCUCGGGGGCAUUCGACAGUUGAUCAUAAGAGGAAUGAGGCUGACCAGUUUUGAACCUUCGUGUGCGGCAAGGCUUCGAAGCCUUACGGUGCUAUCUCUGUCCAACAACUCCCUGCGGGACCUGGAGAGCUUCCGGCCGCUGGUCAACCUGGUGGAAGUAAACGUCAACUUCAACGCCAUUACCUCGCUCCGCGGCUUGGUUUGCCCUAACUUGCGGAGGCUCUACCUCAGCAACAACUUUAUCGCCAGCACCGAGAGGCUCACGGUCUCCUACCCGAAACUACGGACCCUUUGCCUGUUCAAGAACAUGCUGCCGAACCUUGCGUCCGCCCUUGAGCCACUUCGGAGGCUUUCAGACCUGAGGGAGCUCGACCUCGACGGAAACCCUUGCUCGCGUAGCCGAGGCUACAAGCACCGCGUCAUCCGCUGCUGCCCUCGCCUGCGGGAGCUCGACGGGGAAGAGCUGGGCCAGCUCGAUCGUGACUUAUCUGAUCUGUUUUUUGAGGAGCAGCGGAACAAAGUGAUGUGGGACCGAAUGGGAGGUGUAGACGACGACAGAGAGGGAUCCAGCCGUCGCCACCGCCCCGCUACAGCCCCGGCGACAGCUGUGUCGAGGAGAUGGGCGCAAAGAAAGGGAAAUCACCCCAGCGGAGCAGCCAGGGAGAACUCGAAGCUGCUAGAAGAGGACGCCGAGGAUUUGGGAGCAGCAUUGCAAGGCUCCCCGAAGCUUGGGGAGCUGAUGGAUUUCGCUUGCCUACCUCCAGGAAAAACUCAGCUGCUCAGAUCCGACAGACUCAACAACGACCCACAGGCACGAUCGUACCCUCUCUUUGUGGCAAAGCAUCCCGCAGACCGUCGGCAAGCAUAUGGGGGCUCACGAGUCUUGCUCCGCUGCGCACUUGAUCGGAACUUCGGAGUGCUCGCUGACCCCUGUGGGUCGCCUCGGGACGCUGUCGAGUCCCUCCGGCGGAAGGCCCUCGCCCGCUCGACGGAGACAAGACGGCGUGCGACCACCGUAGCAGAACAGCCUCUCGGAGAAGCAGAAGAGGGGGGAACCAGGGAGGGGGCAAAGGUGCCAGAGGAGGAAAAGGGUUUCGAGGAAAGGGGCAGAGAGGGAGAGGGCGAGGGAGAGGGCGAGGGAGAGGGAGAGGGAGCGGGAGAGGGGGAGGGAGAGGGAGAGGGAGAGGGAGAAACGGUGGUUGGGGCAGUGAAGGGCGACAGUGCCAGAAAUGGACCCACUAGCAGGGCAAGAAGGUCUCCGCCGGACGCGAGGAGAGUACACAGCAGCGAAGUGCCAACCAAAGAAGAUGCGCUACCCACACGGAAUCUGCAGCCGCAAGACGAGCCGCCGCCGUCUCUACCCUUGCCCCCUCCCCCUCUACCUCCUGCGACCGGCCUGGAUCCUUCGGACCCAUACACAACGAUAAGGUGCUGCUUGCUUUGCGGAUGCGAGGUNCUCGUGGAAAUCCUUCAGCUCGAACUCGCUCGCGACGACAACAACACCGAAGACCGCCGGUACCAGGAGGGAGCCGUUCUUUGCGGAGACCUCCGAAAAAGAAGCGGCGACUACGCCGACGGCGACACCACGACUACUACCACCGACCACGCGAAGGGCGAGAACGCCUUCUUCUCAGACAAACGGCCUGGAAACCCUCGCACCCGCGACAGCACGGUGAUUUGCGACGGCGGCGGCGGCGGUGGUGGCGGUUUCCCGUUCUUGGGCGCGACGAGUCGGGAAGAACUUAGGCGGUUACGCCUCGAGAACCGAAACAUGUACCUGCUUCUCGUGGAAAACCGGGAGCUGAAGACGCAAAUCCAAGUGGAGGCCGCCAACGCCGAGCUUGUCCAGAGGGAAUUGAGAGACAAGCUGGGUAGGGUCGAGGGGAAGCUGGACGAAGUUACCGGGGAGCUCGAGGCGGCAAGAGGGAGGCUGUUGCUGCUUCCGCAGCCGGCAGUGGCGACGGCUAUGGAAGAGGCGACAAUUUCGAGAGGGAGCGAUAGCAACACCAUCCCGACUUCGGAGUUGUCUUCUUGCCCGACGAUAGCGACGACGGACUCGGCCUUCGGCACCGACGUUUCAGUCGGCGAUGGUGGUGGGGGUAGCGAUGGUACUGGUCGGGGGGGUGGAUGCAGUCACAACAGUGGGGGUACCGAUAGGAGCCGAGUGACCCCGUUGGACUGGAGAAGGAGGCCUGAAAAGGCGGUAUGCCCGACGAUGCCGUCCGAGGACGACCUCGGUCAGAAACAUGUCACUGCUACCAAUGGGAUGGUGACGACGACGAAGGGGAUGGAGCGACGCGCGGCACAACAAGGUUCCCUCGAAGAACAGCGUCACGACUCCAGCGAUGACGCUACGAACAGCGAUGGUGAUGGCGGCGACGAAGAGUUGGAAGAGCUAUUCCGAAGGAACGAAAGGACCAUGCAAGAGAUUCGCUGCGACCUGAAACUGCUACAAUCUGACAAUGAGAUUGAGCUCGAAGAUAACAACACCAACAACCGCAGCAACGCCAACAACGAUGACGGCGACUACGGCGACAACAGACAGCAACCAAAAAGCCACGGGGAACAACAACCGCGAAAGGCUGGGGGGGAUUCGGCGGAGACCGGCGUUGGGGACCGAUUUCCACCUCUGAAAAUGCCUCCACAGGCGCUUUUUCGGGGCGGAGACAACAGCCAACGUCGGACAGGGGGCAUUCAAAUUCCAGAACCAAAGCUACAACCUCCCCAAGGUAAAGUCUGGGAGAGAGACAGGAGCUACCACCCAUGUUUAGAGCCCCCGUCCGUUUCCGAGCUUUUGCUGCAGCUCCGGCACGACGACAACGUACGUUCUUCUCCUGCGGUGCGGUGUGGCGAGGACGGCAAUAGGAAGGAGGGGGACGUCGGCAACAAAGCUGCUACCAAUAGCCCCCCCCAUAGAGGACGGUACGCGCUAGGCGCAAGCAGCACAGAGGGAUCGGACGUGGGAGAUUCAACGAGGGGGAGGGGGGGCGGCGGCGGCGAGGGGGGGGGCGUUGGUUACGCCGAUACGAAGGGCGGGUUAGUCACUCUGGUUUCCUCGAAUGCCAGGGCGUUGCUCAUGUCAUAG